AUGUCCUCAACUCAAGGAACGACGAGCUCAUCGGGUGCCACACAAUCCCUUUCGAGCAACACCUCGUCCAUCCUGCUUCCUGACUUGCCUUUCCAGCUCUGUUUCAUCCUACUGGUCACAAUAGUUGGGCCGUUGUACCUCGCUGUCUUGAUUGUCGGGUCCUUCUUUGUCCUCCUCCUCGAUAAACUCUAUCAUGGUAUCCAGGACGUGUGGCCGCGCGGUACAUAUGUCGUGGGCGAUAUGAAUUCGGAUACCAACCACGUUCGGCGACCUCGCCAGGUUUCAUGUUCUGACAAUGAGGCAACGAAAGAUCUCUCGCCCUCAGCGCUCGCAGAUUUUGACUUUGACUUGGGGUCCGGAGCAUCAAAUCUCGAUUCGAAGCAGGAGGUCAACGUUCUAUCUGCAAACACACCCCUCGAAUCUCUUGGUAUGACCAGAACCACUCCUGACACGAGUUCUAGCCAGCCGACUCAGUGUUUGGUGGCAGUAGCUCAAGACAAUGAGUCCGAGUUUGGAUGCCUCCUUGAUCAUGAUCAAGAUCAAGAAAAGCUAGCUGUGCCACAAACUUCGGAUGGAAAGCAAGGUGCGGUCGAUGGGCAUGGCUUGCGCUGGGCGGACCGACCCUCCGGUUGCCCAAUUUAUUCUAAAGAAUGGAGACGACAAGUCAGAAAGGCCGGCAUUUGGGGUAGCCAACCUGAACACACUGAUAGUGUGGAAAAUGCCAACGAUAUUCAGAAACUCGACUCUAUCGCCUCUUCUGAAAUUUCUUCAAAAGAAUUUGCAGACGACAAUAGUAGAAGGAGACAUGGGCAGCAUGAGCCACCAUCGCCACAGAGCUGUCUGCCCACAACUUGUCUACCGCACAAGCAGGAGACCGCCAAUGCCACAAUGAUGGAGGGAAGUACGAUGCUGGCACGGCAGAAAGAAAAGUGUACAGAGCGUAAAGCCAAGAAGAAGAAGAAGAAGAAAUUUGCCAGGAUCAGAGCCUGGAUCUUGAAGUAUAGACGAUCUGCGGAGAAGAUAUCACCAGUGUCUCCGGAAAACAUCUCCCAUUCUGCCGCCACAUCCACAGCAACGCGACUACGUGGUGGAGGGAAGAAAAUCUCGAAUAUGAGAGGUCGCGUUUUAUUGUCCUCAUCAAUCUACAUGGCCGAGCCCGAAAUCCUGACAGAUAUCAAAAUACGACGCGGUGCUCAUAUAUCCAAGACACCAAAUAGACCCCGAUAG